AUGGCUACUGUUCUGUUAAGAAGCUUGCACAAUUUGGAGUCAUUAGGCGAACCAACCGCAAAAUGGAACAUUCCCUUAAACGAUGGGAACCACGUGAUAGAAUUCGAACAUGGUACAGCAACUGGUCGUCGAUUGGUAACGAUAGAUGGCAAAGAAGUAAUCCACAGAGACUGGAUGUUCCAUUUAAUUGGAGACGAGGUUUUCACGUUCAAUGAUAACAAAUUCGUAAUUAGAAUCGAUCCAAUUCCAGGUUUGAAAUAUUCGUACACACUGUGGGUCAAUGGUAAAUCAUACAAGAACUUCGUGCAAACACAGUCGAAGAUAUUGGAAACUUGGUUGGCCAAUGUUGGAAACGAAGAAUACAGAAUAGUUUUGGACAAGCAAACGCAGAACGUUUGGGUGAACGGGGAACAGGUGGAAACUGAGAAUGAUUUUACCGACGAUGGUGCAGAAAUCCUCUUCUCAGUAGGAGAUCUCCCAGCAGCAAUUAGAACUUACAGUUCUGGAAAGAGAAAUAUUGGAAUAACCUUCUCUUUGUACAUAGACGAGGUGGAAAUAGACAAAGAGACACUUCUCAAAGAGGAUCAAGAGGCAUAGCCAAAUUCAUGAUUCACCUUCGCACAGUGUUCUUGUUUCACGUGUCACGAAACUUUGUUCCACUCUGUACA